ACAGCUCCCAGGAGCCAAUCUACACAAACAGCUCUGUCAGAGCUGAUCUCUCUCUCGGCCUGUUGGUGGUUUCCGCAUACAAUUUUGCUCUGCUGAUAGAUAAUAUGUCCUAAAUACUUUCUUUUACGUGGAGGGUGCAAGAAGAAUUCAACAGAUUAAAAAGCAAUGCACGGAAAUGCCAGCUGAUUUAUUCCCUUUGCAAAAUGUAACGCGAUUCCGUGUGGUAAAACAAAGAAGGGGGAUUUCGUUUACUUUUUAGUACCAAUGGGUUUAUGUCGCAUAAGAGCUAACAUCGGGAACCGUUCAAGUGGUUCUCUUCGUGAUUGUAUUGUCCAUUGAAGGCAUCAUUCUAGAGAGAACAUGUUAGCUGCAAAGAAAACCUGGGUUAUGACUUGCCUUCGCGGUGCUAGGAUGUUCUCGGGUCACGGACCAAGAUGCAAAAGCCUCCAGGACUGUUACAACUUGCUUAAUGUACAGGAAAAUUGCAACCACAAUGAAGCAAAGGAGGCUUAUGUCAAACUUGUCAAGUUGUAUCAUCCGGAUAGUGGCUCUGAUGGCGGAGAUCCUCUAAAAUUCAUGCAAGUGGAAGAAGCUUACAAGGCUGUUGUUAAGCAUUUAGCAGAGAAAGGAAAGACAGAGUCUGAUCAAGGAUUGAAUGAUGAAGAAGAAGAAGAAUCCAAAUACCUGGCACCUCAGCACAGACAGUACCUGAGCUUUGAGGGUGUUGGCAUUGGAACACCUAGUCAAAGAGAGAAACAAUACAGAACGUUCAGGGUCAAUCGUGCAACAGAUCAGGUGUUGGAUUAUAGAAAACAGAAACUAGAGGCUCAGGAUCAGCAAAAUACAAUGAUGGCGAUGGAUAUACAGCAGAGCAAAAAGAUAAUAAUAACCCAAGCAGUGGAACGGUUGGUGGAAGACCUCAUACAAGAGUCGAUGGCCAGAGGCGAUUUUGAUAACCUUAGUGGUAAAGGAAAACCACUGCAAAAGUUUUUACAAUACCCAUACAUUGAUCCCAUGACACACAAUCUGAACAGGAUACUCAUAGACAAUGGAUAUCAACCAGAAUGGAUUGUCCGGCAAAAAGAAAUAAAUGAAACAAUUGAGAAGCUAAGAAAUGACAUACUGGGUUACAGGAAAAAGCUCGGUCAACCCCUGACUCACUACACUCUGGAACAUUGGAACCUAAACUGUGAGCAAUUCAGAAAUGAUAUCAAAGAACUUAAUAAAACUGUAGAUAAGUUCAAUUUAAUCGUGCCUCUGUUGAACAGACAGAUGCUACACUUUGACCAAGAUAAAGAACUUGCUGUCAUAUUGAAAAAAUAUGAUGUGUUAAUGGAAGCAAACAAAGCCAAUUCAGAUAUUAUUGGACAACCAACUAAGGAAAGUAGUACACAAAAUAGCCUGUUUAAUUGGAUUAAACAUUUCCUGAAAUAUAAUCAGAGGGUGAGGUGAAAGUCCGUAACCUUCAUUAUCAGAAUAUUAAUUUAAUGAUUUAUUUUUUGAAUUGCACAAUGGAUGACCACAUUACUUACAGCAGGAGCUGGCCUGCUGUAGAUUAUGGUAGAUUUUAGUUCAAUGCCUGUUCAUCUGAAAUUUCUCCAUACCACAGGCCUUUGCCCAUCUAAAAUCAAUCAAUUUCAGUGUAUUUCCCUAAUUAUCUUUUUUAGGAAUAAGGGGAUCACAGAAAUCUGAGGUGGAAAUGUGCUUCAGCAUUUCCUUUUAUUAUAUCUUUUUCUUCCAUUUGCCAUCAAAAAAUAAGUACUGUAUUGGGCAAGUAGAUUUGUAACUGUACAUACAAUGCACUUUGUAACAGUGUAUGCAAUAAUUGUGUCUGCAAUAAUACUGUCUGCAAGAAAAACAACAGAAUGCUGUUUGUUAAUUUACUUAGUACUGUACUUUUUUGUUUAUUGAGUGGGUGAAAUAUUCAAGAAAACAUUAAAUGGAAGUUGAGACUACAUUUUGUUAAAAUAAUAGCUAAAUAGGCCCUUAUUUUUGUGGCAUAAAAUACAUUGUACUUCAUUAAAAAAAUGAAAUGGUUAGAAAUCAUUGGUAUUACACAAAUAGUAUUCUGUAUAAACCCUGAAUUUCCAAGAACUUGUUCACUUUAAUCCUUCCUGUUUUAUUUAAAUUGUCAACAAAUAAAACCUGAAUGUCUGAUAUUU